UUUAAUAUGAGAUUCUGUUAUCUUGAAUAAUGAUGUGCAACAAAAACAUUGCCACUAUGAAGGAGAUGGAAGCAAAUCAAUGUGGAUUAAAGUCGGUGCAGGCCUAUCCGCAGUUAUUGCUGUGCUAUUUUUCAGUGCUUGCACUUGCACCAUGAGGAGAAGGACGAAUCUGAGAACAGAGGAAAUAGCAAAUAUCCGAGAGGAACAAUCACUCGACUUGGCAGGACGAGCAACUGUUGGGGACGACUAUUCAGACAAAGAUAUUAAAGGAGAGGUGACAUCCCAGGACCUCCCUUUGAUCCGGCUAGAUGUUAUAAAUGAAGCUACAAAGCAAUUUUCUGAUGAAAACAAACUUGGUCAAGGAGGCUUUGGCCCAGUUUACAGGGGUACGUUAGAGGAUGGCAAAGAAGUUGCAGUUAAGAGGCUCUCAAGAACUUCUGGUCAAGGACAAAGAGAAUUCCUGAACGAAGUCCUUUUAAUCGCCAGAUUACAACACAGAAAUCUUGUCAGACUCUUGAGAUGCUGCCUGGAAAAAAAUGAAAAGUUACUUAUCUAUGAGUAUAUGCCCAACAAAAGCCUUGAUGUCUUUCUUUUUGGUUCCAGAAAUGGAGUCCUGCUUGACUGGCAAAGACGCUUGAGCAUUAUCAAUGGAAUUGCACGGGGGCUCUUGUAUCUUCACGAAGAUUCUCGUCUUAGAAUUAUUCAUAGGGAUCUCAAAGCAAGCAACAUUUUGCUUGAUUAUGAGAUGAAUCCGAAGAUAUCAGACUUUGGAAUGGCUAGGAUUUUCGAUGGAAAUCAAAGCGAGGCUAACACGAAUAGAAUUGUCGGAACAUAUGGAUACAUGGCACCAGAGUAUGCUAUGGCGGGACUUUUUUCUGUAAAAUCAGAUGUUUUCAGUUUUGGAGUGUUGCUGUUAGAGAUAAUCAGUGGGAAAAAAAACGUUGGCUUUCAUCUUUCAGAAGAAGGCGAAAGCCUUCUCACUUUUGCAUGGAAACUGUGGUCUGAUGGUCAAGGACUGGAAUUGAUGGACUCAAUGCUAGAGAAAUCAAGCGCGGCAACUGAGGUGCUGAGAUGCAUCCACAUUGGGCUGCUCUGCGUGCAAGAGGAUCCAGCAGAUAGACCCACAAUGUCAUCUGUGCUUCAUAUGUUGGCAAGUGAUACCAUAGCGCUCCCUAUCCCUAAACAACCUGCAUUUUCUAUCGGCCGAUUUGUUGCCAUGGAAGGUCAGUCCUCAAAUCAGAAAGUAUGUUCUGGCAAUGAAUUAACCAUUUCCGUUUUAUCUCCACGGUGACUGUAAAUUAAGUUUUAAAUUUAA